AUUUAAUUUAUGCCAUAAUUAGCCAAAUUUAAAUUUAUUCCAUACUUAGCUACAUUUAAUUUUAUUCCAUGCUUAGCUAGAUUCAAAUUAAAUUUAUUUCGUACUUAGCUAAAUUUAAAUUUAUUGCAUGCUUAGAUAGAUUUAAAUUAAUUUUUUUUUGUACUUAGCCUAAAUUUUUCCCUCUUAUAUCCGUACUUUUACUUACAACGUGGAUAAGAGCAACUACAAACGACCACCAAGCUGAGCACUCUUUACUGUUUUAUCAUGCUGAGUUUGAUAAGCCUUGGUGGAACCAGGUAAUCAUGACCAUUCUAUAUUUUAACGAAUUAAAUUUUUUUGAAUGCAAUUGGUUGCUGUUUGCAAAUUAUGAAUGAGUAUAGGUUACACGGGACCCAUAUCCACAUGAAGUAGUCGAGCUUCAUCAUUUGAGACACCCCCAGGAUCGCGAGACGUGGUUGUGUAAGGUGCCCUUGAUCUGCUGGCACAUCGUGGAGUGGCACCUACCCGAUCGAUCAUUAAGGCAAUAUCAAUUGGGGCAACCAAUUCCACAAACCCGGCCUCAAGGUUUCAGGGAGCUCCAUGCCAUCGACCUCCAACAUUCGGCAAAGAAUUUGCUUCUCAAGCAUCAGUUCUACAUCAACAUUUGGGAGAAUAGAGCAAAUUGGGUGGUCCAAGGAAUGCCGGAGACGAGACCUAUGGGGUACCACGAUGGCUACAUGCAGUGGUAUCGAAAGUUCACGCUUAGAUGGGUGUCAAAGCAAGGUUGAUGGUUUGGAACACGUCAAGCACAUGGUCGAGAGUGAAACCACCAUGGAUGAGCGGAAUACCUCUUGGUUGCGGAGGCUUAUGCACAACCUCCUAAGUUGUACCCGAGAGCACAGGAGGGAUGUCGUAGCAUAUCCUCCACUUCCUGCUCCGGCCCGCCCAUCAUUUCGUGAUGGUGAGAGCAUUGUGCCUCCGGUUGAGCCCCCACGAAGGAGAAAACGCAAGUCUCUGACACAAUUUCAAGAGCUUCGUACGACUCAAGAAACAGAACUCUCUGAACCAUUUGAAUACGAGUGGGCAAGUGCACCGGAUGUCGCUGGAGGGUCAUCGUGCUACAUGCCAUCUCAGGAACAUGACAUGUUCCCCAAGGGUUAUCUCAAUUCAACCAUCAGUAGCAGACUCCGAUGUAUCAUACUCCGCAACAACAGACCCCUAAGGCGCCGAGCUACUACCCCUCAGCCACCUCCACCUCCACCACCACUGCAGACUCCGGUCGAGGGUCGGGUUAAGAGAAAUCCGCGAGCAGUUGUCCAACGAGCUCGCGAAGAAGGAGGAGGGAGAGAUGGCGGAAGAAGGGGUCGAGGACAUCGUGGAGGAUGCGGAGGAGGGAAAGGCGGGGAACAAAAUGAAGCCAACUAGUGAACUUGUCAUGUUAUCUGUGUUUAUUUUAGGGGUGAUUUGCUUCAUGGAUUUAAAAAUGAGGGUUUUGAAAUUUAAAUACCCAAGGAUUUAUCAAGGAUUUGAUGCAUUAUGGAUUUGUAACUAUCAUUUGUUUGUUGAGAUGUUUUAUCAUGGAUUUAAGAGUUUGGG